GCUCCUGGUGUGUUUCCUUUAGUAUCCACAGUAGUUUCUUCUGUAACUAUUAUAAUUAGUAUUACUUGUUGGUGUGAUAUUAGCUGCCAUAAAGGGUAAAACUACUGCUAAAUGAAUGCAGCCUUGAUCUUCCUACUUGACUUGUAAUCACACAAGAUAAUUAAGUUUAUUGCUGUUCAUCUGAAACCUAGUCGUCCUUCUCUUUGUUCCCUAAAACCAUGUUUGUUUUCCAAAAUUUAUCUCCGAACAUCAUUACGCUAAGUGAGUUUAAAGUCUAGCUUUAGGGCCAUACCGUUGGCAGUGUCAACAACCGUUCAAGUGAAGCUGCUAUUAAUGCAUCAACCCAGCUAGACAUUGGUUGAGGGAGGUGUGUCUGUACACUCCACCUCUCAGAGGUUAUCCAAGGUAUGCAAAUGGCAACGCUGAUGAUCACCGGACAGUAUAAGAGGCAAGCUAUGAGGUUUGGCUGCAAACCUCUCUCAGCCAAAAUCUGAGGAAGCCAGCAGGCGCAAAGCAAGCUCCGUCUGUCUCCACGUCUUCCCUGUGGUCCUGGGAUACAAGAAGACAUUGCACUGGAAAAUAUGCUGUUCUGCCAUUCCCAGCCUGAGUCCUACCACCAGCACUCUGCUAGUUACAUUAGAGAGGCCUUGGCACCUUUCUUGAAAAACGAAGAAGCCAGGCUAAUGGCUGAAAAUGGUGUCAAGAGGACCCCAUUCCAGUACGUUCUGUAUGCAGCCACCUCGCCGGCUGUGAAACAGCAGGAGGAGACUCUCACUUAUCUCAACCAAGGUCAGUCCUACGAAAUCCGUAUGCUUAACAGAAAACUAGUGGAGUAUACAGAUAUAAGCAGCAAAUAUGUAAAGGUAGGUGUAAGGUAUUGUGUUUGUCUGUUUUUUGACUUUCAUGUGACCUCUUCCUCUUUCUUCUUGUAUCUGUUUUCAUGUAUCCAUUUCCUGGUUUGUCACAGGUCCCUCAACCCUCCCUUCCACUUCAGGGGUGGGGUGUCGACCUUGGAGAGCUUGAGCAUUGUGCGCGUGGUGUUUCAUGACCGUCGACUGCAGUACAUGGAGCACCAGCAGCUGGAGGGAUGGAGGUGGAACAGACCUGGGGACCGAAUCCUGGAUAUAGAUAUCCCACUGUCAGUGGGGGUACUGGAGCCUCGCUCACACCCUCUACACUUCAACACCAUUGAGUUCCUCUGGGAUCCAUUCAAGAAUGCUUCUGUUUUCAUCCAGGUCAACUGCAUCAGCACUGAGUUCACCCCCAGGAAGCAUGGUGGAGAGAAGGGGGUGCCCUUUCGUAUCCAGGUUGACACUUUCACCACCAAUGAACACGGGGAAUACAUGGAGCAUGUCCAUUCUUCCAGCUGCCAGGUCAAAGUCUUCAAGCCUAAAGGAGCUGAUCGCAAACUGAAGACAGACAAGGAAAAGAUUGAUAAAAAGACCCUUCAAGACAGAGAAAAGUAUCAAACGUCCCACGAGACCACCCUGCUAAAAGAGUGUUCCCCUUGGCCGGAUGCCCUAAAUCUCGCGACCCACAGCAGCUGCAGCACUCCAUCACCAGUUUACCACAGCUCACCAAAUUCCUGUAGCUUCACAGAUGGCAACUGUUCUCCAAACCCGGAAGGGGAGCUGCUCGUGCCCGGCUGCUCUGAUCACCUUCUGCCAUCGACCUCGCUACAGAACACUCAGCAGUGGCUACACCGUCACAGGUUCUCGCCUUUCUCAAGGCUCUUCUCCAGCUUCUCAGGUGCUGAUCUGUUGAGGAUGAGCAGGGAUGAUCUGAUCCAGAUAUGUGGCCCGGCAGACGGCAUUCGCCUCUUUAACACCAUGAAAGGAAGGUGUAUACAGCCCCGUCUUACCAUCUAUGUGUGUCAGCAGCAGGCCAGAAAUCAACCUCCCAUCAAGCCAGGGGGUGGAGACAUCUACCAUGCUCUGUACUUGGAGGAGCUGACACUGUUGGACCUAUCUGAAAAGAUUGCCAUGUUGUACAGCAUCACUCCACAGCAAAUUACACACAUCUACAGACAAAAACCCACUGGGAUCCAUGUCUUAGUCUCUGACGAGAUGGUGCAGAACUUCAGGGAGGAAAUGAGCUUCAUCAUCAGCACUAUAAGGGAUGAAAACACCGAUGGCUAUCACGUCAUGUUGAAAUGACCAGCAGGUACUCAGGAGGUUGUUUUAUCAGUGCAAUUGUACAGACUGUAUAUACAUCCUUCUAGACUACAAUAUGCGAUAUUUACUACGAUUUACAGUACAGUAACAUUCUGUUAAGCUUUCAGUUUACUGUUAAUUGUGUGUUUUUGCUUAGUUUUCAUUAAUUUUCUUGUUUUAUUUGUAUUUUUGUUAAUGUUUGAUAAGCCUUGUAAUUAGUGGUGAACUAGUGGUGAACAGUGGUGAAUUCACAUGUACACACAUUUUUGGCAAAAACCCAUGUAUAAAUGCAAGUUAAUGGCUUUCAUGAUAAUAAAGCAAAGUAAAUGUCACACAUCAUGCAGAAAAAUAGAAAAGACAAAUGAACAAACCUGUUUUAUGCUCUUUUAAUGGGAAUUCUAAUCUCCCAAUGUCCCUGCUCUACGUUUAUGCCUGUACUAAAUAUGAAAUGCUGUGGUGUGCCAUAUGAUGUGCCUGGUUUUAUUGCUAUAAGGCUGAAUAUUUUCUCGAUGAAGUGUAAUGCAAUAUUUUAAAUUAUUCAAAUGUUUGAGCACAUAGGCGUACUGAAUGUUAAAGUAGACAGUUUAAAAAGGGGCAUUGGGCUGCAGUUUGGAUCUAUGAUUUUGACUUGUUGUAUCCUGAGUGUAUUUUAGUCA